AUGGAGCAGCAACAGCGGUUCGAGAGAGUCAUCCUUUAUGUUUUUGAUUUCCAACAGAUGAUCCCCAUCUCCUUCAUUCUUGGCUUCUAUGUACAACUGGUGUUCUCUCGGUUUUGGCAACAAUUCAAUGCAAUACCCUGGGUCUUUACACCUACACUGGCAGUAAUUGGAGCUAUUCAGGGCGAAGGAAGGGCAAGAGCUAUUCGAAGAACUCUCAUCAGGUACAUGAAUGCUAGCCUUAUUAUUGCUUCUUCGCGUCUUCACGUAGCUGCAAAGAAACGGUUCCCUACCACACAGCAUCUUGUUCAAGCUGGUAGGUAUUAG